AUGAACCCCGAGGUCACGGUCAACCUCCCACGGCCGUCACCGUCCACGAUCGCUGUCGGAACCCCUACGGAAGUCAAGAAACAUUGGGUCAGACAAUACCAGCAGCUUAUGAAUGCUCUUGAUCCAGCGGCCAACCCCAGCGUCAAGAAACACAUUCUUUACAUGAUAAUAGCAGGGCUGGAGUGGGACUUGUAUGCUCAACUUGAGAAGCACAAAGUUGAUAUGACCAGUCCGAAGAAUCCAAGAAUUCUCCCAUCCGAUAUCAUCAUGGCGUCUGCUGGAAACCUCGAUUAG